CCCACCACGAAGAACAGAGCAGUUCCUCCAACUCGCCCUCUCUCAUCCCCUCCACUCCCCCCUCCGAUCUUCUUCGUUUCUUCACGGAUUUUGCGGAUCGAGAUGGCCCCGAAGAGAGAAAAGAGGCCACCUCUUGCGGAUGACAUUGGCAUCAAGUAUACUAUGCUUGACCCUACGUUCGACAAGGGCCAUCGUGCCCGUUUUAUUGAGAACGGAGUGAUGCUCCCGCCACUGCGGAUGAGGGGUCACGAGACGACCGUGAAGAUGGAGUACGACGAGCGGUACACGUCGUUCUACAGGAGAGCCCGACUGCUGGGUUUCGUCCUGCAGUUCAAGUGCAAGCCGCCGACGCUCGUUCACUCAGCUCUCACGGCUUUGAUCGAUCGGUGGCGGCCAGAGACGCACAGCUUCCAUCUUCCAUGUGGGGAGAUGACUGUUACACUCGAGGAUUGGGGGAUGAUUACGGGCCUACCGCUCGAGGGUCAUGCUCUGACAAGAAGAGUGGAGAGGAAGAACUGGCACGACAGGGUUGUCACCCUCAUCGGCGACUGCCCCGCCCCCCAGAUAAGAAGAACCGGACUUCCGGCAUCCCGUUGCCCUGGCUCCUGAAGUGCCGGAGCAAGUGCCCGGAAGGGGCCGAACCCCGGGUGGUGGAGCAGUACGCCAGGGCCUACCUGUGGUAUCUUCUCACGGAGGUAGUGUUUCCAGACUGCUCUGGGGACACUGCCCUCUAGAUGUAUCUCGACUUUCUGGCGGACUGAGAUGCGGGGUACAGCUGGGGGGCCGCCGGCCUCGCCUACCUAUAC